ACGAUGUGGCGCGUCCUGACGCUUUUCCACGUCGCAGCUCUGCCUCAUAGGCGAACCAGCUGCGUGUGUAUGCGUGUCUCCAGCUAGGCCAGAGAGUGAUGGCGGCGCCCGUCCUGAGAGUGUCCACCCCUCGGUGGGAAAGAAUAGCCCGGCUUCUCGUCUGCCUGCUGGGCAUACUCCUUUCUCUGUAUGCGUUUCACGUCGAGAGGGAAAAGGCCCGGGACCCGACUUAUGAGGCCAUGUGCGACGUCAGCAGCUCCAUCAGCUGCUCGAAAGUGUUCAGCUCCAGGUGGGGUCGAGGAUUUGGACUCCUGGGCUCCAUUUUUGGAAACGAUAGUGCGCUGAACCAACCCAACAGUGUCUACGGGAUACUCUUUUAUGCCUUUCAGCUCUUACUAGGAAUGACCGUCAGCGCAAUGGCCGCCCUUUUCCUCAUGACGACGUCCAUCUUGUCGGUGGUGGGUUCGCUCUACCUGGGCUACAUCCUCUACUUUGUCCUAAAGGACUUCUGCGUCAUCUGCAUCACCACAUACGCGCUGAACUUCAUUCUGUUUAUUCUCAACUACAAGCGACUGGUUUACUUGAAUGAGGCCUGGAAGCAGCAGCUUCAGGUCAAGCAGGACUGAGCUGCCUAGAGGAGGCACACAUUCAAAGAAAAAAAGAAAAGCAACCUGAUGACAAAAUAUAUAUAAAAAAAAAAAAACGUAACGCAACCUCUGAACUUUUGACUUGCCACCAGGAGACCUUGCUUCCAAACGAUGUUUAUUCUGCUGUGUUCAAAAAAAUGAAGAAAUUUAACUUAAAUGUUGGGCCUGACAUCUCAAUAUUGAUUGCAAACACUGAAGGAUUUGUAAGUGAAAGAUGGCUUUUGUCCCUUUGAAUCUCCCCCCUUCCCCUACAUUUAACCUCUCACUUAUGGGCUCAGCUGUUUGGGUGGAAAACACAAUGCUGCUGAGGUGGAAGUACCCGCACAAGACGCACCGAUGGAGGACAGCUCUGGUCUGAACAAAAAAUGGAUCGCAGACUGGAAGAAGAGGAGACGGGACAUUAAACAGUGAAAUUGACAGAUCAUCUGUACUCGGAGCUGAGCAAAAGUCCCAAAGUCAAAACAAAACGCCCAUUUGGUUACCGUGUAAGUCUGCAGAUGAGGUUUCUACAGCAGGUUGAGAAGAGGACGAUGCAACGAUUACCAUUUAUAAAGGAUUUGUUUUUGGGUUUUUUUUCUUCCAUGUUUACACUUUGUAGUACUUUUUUUUUUUUUUUUUUUUUUUGAUGAGGACCACUAAAAAUAAAACAUGGGACAAUGUGAGAUGCUGUGUGUACAUCAGUCAGAUUUUUUUAUUUAAUUUUUUUGGAAAUUCUGUAAAUGGCGGCUGAGCAAUACAUUGGGCUAGAUCGUGGCAUAAAUGACAACCCCAACCAAUAAAAAGCUUACAGUAAGAAGACGACAGCUCUGUAAUGUCGGGGUGGAUGAGUCCGAGGAUGCGCUCGGGACGUCUUCCUGCUCCGUAACAGCCUGGUGGGGCUUGCAGUUCAAACGGCCGUCUUUGUUUUAGACGUGGAAGUGAUGGCAUCAGAAAUGGAUCUGCAGGUUUCUCUUCACCGUUUGCUCAAAGGCACCCUCACUCUUAUUUUUGUUGUGUGAAAAGCAUUCCUGACCACCACACAAGUGGGAUUCUUUGAGACUUAUGUGCCUAAAGGAGUGUUGAGGUGAAUUACUUUUUUGUUUUUAAACAUUUUAGUUUUGGGGGAAAUCGGGAGGGAGUUUGUCGACACCAAUUUUUCCUCAUUUUAUUGUCACGGGGGACAUUUUGUUCUUGUAACUGAAGAGCCUUGGCAUGGGCCGGUGUGGGACUCUCCCGGUAAAACAACCACAGUAUCACAAAUUUCAGUGUUUAUGAAAUGGAAUAUGAUCUUUUUUUUUUUUUUUUGAGUAACGAUGCUACUAAACAAGCUGGUGCUAGCUGGGGAAUCAGUCAGCCUAUCUGCAGUUCACUUCCAAACAGAAAUGCCACUUGUAGUUUGCCAACUUGUAAGAAAUAAGCAGUGUUAAGCAGUAGUUUAUGGGCAGAGCUACUUUAGUACACUUCUUCCAGCCUGCUGGCUGGCAGUGUGUAGCAACAGUUGCGAACAGCCAAGGAAAACUGGUCAACUAAACACUUUCUUUGGUUUGAGUUGAGGUAGACUAGCAUUAGCUGGUUAGUCAGGCUACCUGCUCGGGUAGCUCACCAAUUUCUCCUUUGAAAAAGUUCCCAACAACCCAAUUUUUAACCCUCCAUGCAACACUCAGGAUGAGUGUGCCAGAUGUCAUGGUUGGACAGCGGCAAGUGGGGGUGGAGGGGUGUCCCAUCAGACCGUCAGUUCCCAAAACCCCACACACCCACAAAACUGGUAAAAACGCACCCCGCUGGAUGAAAAAUAAUUGGACCCAGUCUCUUAAGACCGUGUUGGGGUUAAGGUAGCUGACUGGCUUUGUUCAGCAGCAUGUGUUGCAUUUUUUUUCUACGCUCUAUGGCGUCAAAGACAAAAAGCUGUCUGACUUUCUUUCUUUGCCAUCUCAUUAAAAGGACCUGAAUCGGGAACACUACACCAAUACAUAUUUUUAUUUUUUUUAAACCCUGGUAUACCUUGAUCCCGGUAACCGGUCCAUGCCUGGAAGAUACCGCUGAAGUGUUUGUCCCUCUCGUCGUCUCACGAGGUAGCAAUGGGCUGCUACACUGUGACCGUCUGCGCAUGGGGCGGAGUGGCCCACUGGCAGAGGCGUCUUCAGCCUCGCGGUUGCACUAAAAAUCGCCUGGCUUUCGCAUACGGUUGGUGGGGUGUUGGUUGAACGGUCACAGGAAAAACAAAAACUAGUGCACUGUUGAUGUGAACUGCACAUGUGAACCAAGGAGUUAGAUUUACUAAAGAACUAGAUGUUGCAUUUAAGCCAUAUGUGGAUUGUUUUUUUGUUUUUUUUUGUGUCCUGAUAAGACAACCAAGUCCCUCACUGUUUUUAAAUUGCACCAAGUUUUAGAUCUAACAUAGCUGGGUGAAAGCAGAACUAGACUGCUCUAUGGAGAAAGCAGAUGUAGCUUCUAGAGAUUCAUUUUUCUUCCAUCCAGAGUUCUUUUUUUUUUCCCCUCUUCACAUGGCCAUAACACAGUCUUAUGCUUUCAAAGUUCUGUAACAGUCACUGUAAUAAAUGUAAUGGUGUGAUUCAUCUGUGGUAAUAAACCAUCUCGCCUAUGGUUCCCUUAGUACGAUUUGCAUCCUUCCUGUUGUAAAUGAAGGGAGUGUUGAGGUGCUGAUUAAUGUCGAGCCGUGCUUUCAGUGACGUGCUUCUAGAGACCAAUUGUGAAACCAUUGAAGUAAUGAAUCUAUCCUGGCAUGUUGUGACCUGUGCCACUGCUUGUUUCGGUUUAUUGUUGACCAUUUUCCGAGGCAAACGUGUUUUAGCCCCAAUUAUUUUCCCCCUUUACAUUCCAGGCACAUUCUUUUCUCUGCAGACCAUAAUCCUGUCAGUACUUAUGAAAAAGGCAUGAGUUGCUCUGGAUUUCUCUGAUGUAAAAAGGCCACAAUAUCAGUACUUAUACCAAGAUUUUCACCAACAAUAUGUAACAAUAUUAAACAGAAAAGCAAUGAUUAUUAGUCUUAAUAUAAUUUAAUCAGUUGUCUUGUGCUGUUUUGACAAGUAUGGAAGGAUUUUUAUCCUUUCUCCACGUAAGGAUGAAUAAGUAUUUACUGUUGGGAAUUUCUGGAUUUUAUUGCUCAUUCCAUUUUUAAAGUUAAUAGAAAUUGUGAAAAAAUAAAGUUACAUGGAUUUGCUUUUAUGCGACAUCGGGUUUGUGACAAUUUGAGGAUUUUUUUUUUUUUGCCAGAUGAAACUCAUUCAAAUAUAAAAAGCAAUUUCACUGAAUUUGUUUGGGCCUCUGCCAGAUUUUUUAUUUUAACUAGCCCAACAUUUAUGAUUUAAGUUAAUCUUAGAAUUCAUUUUUUUCCAAGAUUUUUGUGGAAUAAUGGUUUCACCAUUUACGCAAACUGAUUUUAAAAGAUUUAAAUUCAGGAUCAUUCAGUCCAGACUUUUCAGUAUUAUGCAUUUUAAACUGUCUAGAUGCCAUAAAAAUAGGCACUGCCAAUUCACCGUGUUUCAUGAUCGCUGAGGGGUAAAAACGGAGCAUAUAAAUGAACUAAUAGGCGAUGAUGAUGUGAAAAAUCUGUAAAAUAACUGAAAUGUAAAUGUCAUGGGAACCCUAAUUAUUUCGAAACAAACUCAAGUAAAAAUACUUCAUCAAAUAUUGGAAGUAAAACAAGUUAUUAGCUGGUUUAUUAGUUGGGCUAGCUGCUCUGCUAGCUAGCCUGACGUGAGCUGCUGAACAGACAUACCACGCCAACUGUUGUAAAGUCUUUAAGAAGAAUUGUUAGUUUCCACAUGAGUGCUUGUGUUACCUUUCAACUGGAAACUGUUUCAAACUGACUGUUUUAUUUUCUUCUCUUUCAUUCUUAUCUAGUACAGCUGGUUAAGCUAAUUAACGGUGCGCCUCAACAGGCGCGGGAGGGGAAAUUGAUGCAGGAGAAACAUUCAAUCUGGCAAAUUCCGUAGUAUCACAUUAAACUGUAUUUAAAGUGCAAGAAUGGUGUGACAUCAAAUUUUAACAUAAUGGAAUUAUGCCUUUUUAAACCUGAACAGCGAUAACCAGCUUAUGUCAGCUUCUGAGUAUUUAAUUUUGCAUUGUACCAGUCUGGGUGGGACUCCUUAUGGUCUAUAUGUAGCUUUUUUAUGUCAUGUAGAAAAGAAUGGGAACCAAUAGCUGCUUGACAUCCGUUUGGUUUUCAUUGCCCGUUUUGGAAACAUUGUACAUAAAACCAAUAUCCAUCUUCAUAAGGAAUGAACUUAUAAAAAGUAUGGCUUUUUAUUUAUUUUUCUCAACGCAAAACAAACUUGACAUUAAGCUGCCAGGCACUUCAUGGAACAAAACCUGGGCCUGGUCGUGUUGGCAUAGACCAGACUGUGCUAAGUGUGUAGAUACUCAUGCGAGCCUUCUUACACCAAUUCUUAAAAGUGACUUUGAGGAAAAUACAGUUAGGAAUGUUGGGCAUAAAGGAUCACUUUGUUGUUGGAUUAUUAGAUGUGAGAGCGAUCAAUUUUCCAUUCUUAUUAAUAUUUAUUUAGGCCUAGAGGUAUAACUGCCAUUUUAGUUGCAUCACUAAUGCCAACAAAAGUGCCUUCUGUUUGAUCACCCGGCCUCGAGCCAAAGACGAGCAACAGUAACAGCCUUGUAAGAAGAAGUGCACCAGGCACUUCUGCUUGCCUUCCUAAGGAUGGAAUCACAGAAAUUGGAAAUUCCCAAAGAUUUAACGUCCAGUAACGUUGCAGUGCAGAAAUGUGUUCACCAAUUGCCAGACGGAAGACCCUGUCAAACCACUGUCGUUCAUUGUUUUAUUGUUCCUAAACCCCACCAUGUAAUUCUCCUCUUUUUGUCUAGAUAAGAAUGGUUUGUUUCAAUACAGUACACUGUUCAAAUGAGAUUGUAAUUUUUCUUUGAUUAAUUUUGCCCUUUAGCUGUAUAGACUGUUAACAUUGAGUUAUUUUAGUAUAUAAAAAAAACUAUAAAAAAAAAAAAAAAACUAAAGUUGAGGGGCUGGAGGGCUUGGAAUUCAUGUGUCAGUGAAAAUUGUUUAUUAAAAUUCUUUGUGGAGGAAAACUUA